UCAACAGUUCGCGCAUUGUGUAGUCAUUUGUUUUCAUACAGUGCUGACAUCUAUAUACAGCAGUAUUGUAAAGAGCAUUUUAGCUGUGAGAAGGUUGCGACCAAAGUGUUGAUUUUAGUGAUAUUAGCGUAACCAAAGGGCCAAAAGCAGAAGAUGAAGGUGCAGUUACUUACAUUUAUGUCAAAGUUUAGAGUGUGCUAAUAACAUAACCCUACCAUCAUGAAGAUAGAUAGGAGUCGAUUGAAAAAAAGCACUUCCGAAGUGCCCAUAGAAUGCCAAGCGUUAAUAGAAAAACUGCGUAGCUGCUCCUCCUCAGAACUGCUGGAGGAGCUAAAACGUAUCGACUCAUGGACCUUUGGAAAAUGUGAACUUUUUCAUUGGAUUGAUAUAUUAGAUAUUUGUGAUGGAAUACUGGAAGAAGCCGCCAUGAGGGCGGGUGAAAACACCUGGACAUUAGCUUGUGAUCUCCCACAUAAGUCUGAGUUAAAAGAACUGCUGUUAUGGGUUUUGCAUUUCACCACCCUGCUCAUCGAGCAUUCAUUUUCACGACAUCUCUACAACUCAAUGGAACGUCUGGUAGCAUUAUUAUCAUCCUGUGAUAUGCAUGUUGUCCUUGGCGUUCUAAAUCUUCUAUACAUGUUCAGUAAAAGAAGUAAUUUUAUCACUCGGCUAGACGGUGACAAACGUCAGGCCCUGUUAAGUCGUUUAACUCAUCUGGCAGAGAGUUGGGGUGGCAGGGAUAAUGGUUUUGGGCUUGCAGACUGUUGUAAAGACUAUCCAAUAUCACACUUUCCUCCCAGUGCAACUACUCUCCAUUUUGAAUUUUAUGCUGAUGAUGUACCCAUCACACCGUCUUCUGGAGGGGCUACUGCUGCCCCUACAGCAACUAUCAGCGGUGCUAACCCACCAUCAACACCGAAACCGAAAGGCUCUAGCAAUCCGACUAGUGUUAUCCAUAUUCCCAAUAUAGAUGCUCUCGAAAAAACACCUGCACAAAUCAUGGAUCAGCUUCUUACUACCUAUGCUGUGCCGAAAGAUAAACAGAUGGUGCUGUUCACUCACCUCCGUCUUGCUCACAGCUUUGCUAAUUACCAGAGACGACUGCAAUGUGUGCAAGCUCGUCUUCAGGCACUAUCUGUCUUAGUGUAUUCUAAUGCCCUUGCGGAUAAUUCCCAUUCUCUUCUGUACCCGGGACUCAUGGAGGAGUUAGUUGAACUUCUAGAAAUAGCAUCACCGGAUCUGGUUGAUAUCAGAGCUGCUGCACUCCGUACACUUACAUCUAUUAUUCAUCUUGAUAGAAGCCCGAAUUUCCCUCACCGCAAACCAGGUGCUAGACUAAAUAUGAUUAUAGAUGUGACUGGAGCAGGUUCAUACCAUGGGUUCUUGCCUGUCCUAGUCCGAACUUGCAUAGCAUCUCUAACAGCACCGUCAAAUCAAGCUGGAUCGUCUACUGGAUCAGAAUCUGCAGCAUUUCCUCUUCCAUUAGCUACUGCUUUAUUUAGUUUUCUCUACCAUUUAGCUAGUUAUGAGGCAGGUGGGGAGGCACUUGUUAGCUGUGGAAUGAUGGAAUCCCUACUCAGGGUUAUUAACUGGCCAGGCAGUGAACUAGAACACAUAACUUUUGUUACCAGAGCUGUUAGAGUAAUUGAUCUAAUUACAAACAUUGAAAUGCAGGCCUUCCAGGCACAUGGAGGUCUUACAAGUUUCAUCAACAGGCUAGAGAUGGAAGUAAAUACCUGCAGAAUAGAACAACCCUUCGAAAUCAUUCCACCAGGUCAUCAGCCGCAUGAUAUGGAAGAAGAAGCACGGCUUGGUGAAAUUGCUGCACAGAGUCCAGACACAUUUGAUGAUCAAGAUAUGGAAACUGAAUCACCACCCAUGGGUGAGCAAGAGGGUGUUGAAAAUCCCUCUGGUUCUUCUGUACCUGGGGAAAAUAAUGAAACUCAACAUGAAGCAGACCAAGGGGACAAGCAAGCCGAAGAAGACUUGUUCCCUAACUAUGACUAUAGUGCAGCCAAAACUGGAAGAACUUGUCUGCCACAGAGGGCAGCUCUUCUGAAGUCGAUGUUAAACUUCUUGAAGAAAGCAAUUCAAGUUGAAGAUCCAGCUUUUUCUGACAGUAUUCGAAGAGUCAUGGAGGGCUCUUUACCAUCAUCACUAAAGCACAUCAUUAGCAACGCCGAGUAUUAUGGACCUUCUCUGUUCUUGCUUGCAACAGAUGUUGUCACAGUUUAUGUAUUCCAAGAACCUUCCCUGCUCUCUUCUCUCCAAGACAAUGGCCUGACUGAUGUUGUCUUGCAUGCUCUUCUGGUCAAAGAGGUUCCAGCUACAAGGGAAGUUCUUGGCUCUUUGCCAAAUAUGUUUUCUGCCCUCUGUCUAAAUACACGGGGCCUACAAGCAUUCCAGAAGUGUCAACCAUUCCCUCGUAUUUUCAAAGUGCUGUUAUCACCAGCCUACCUUGCAGCAAUGAGAAGAAGACGCAGUUCAGAGCCCAUGGGGGAUACUGCUGCAAGUCUAGGAAAUACUAUGGAUGAGCUAAUGAGACAUCAGCCGACAUUGAAACAACCUGCAAUGGCAGCCAUUGUGAAGUUGCUUGAAGAACUCUGUGAGUUAGGCCGCAAUCCUAAGUUCGUCUGUUGGAGAGCUCAGAACAAGCAGGAUGUAUCUCCUGCAGCUAUACCUAACAGUCAGGGAGGUAGUGGCAGUAGCAGCAGUAACACUGAGGGCACAGGAAGCAGUGAUGAAGAUGAUGAGGAUGAAGAAGAGGCAUCAAGCUCUUCUCACCAGCCUCAAUCGGCUGUAGAAUCGGCUGCAAUCACCAGUGCAUCAGCUUCAAGUAGCAGCACUGAAAAAACACCUAUAGCACUCAUUGAUUACAUCAUCAAUGUGAUGAAAUUUGUAGAUGCUAUACUCAGCAACAAUUCCACUGACGAUCAUUGCCGUGAAUUUGUUAAUCAGAAUGGUCUUGAGCCUCUGUUGUCAGUUCUAGGUCUUCCAAAUUUACCUGUUGAUUAUCCAGUUACAACAGCAGCUCAAAGUGUCUCAGCUGUCUGCAAAUCAAUUUUGAAUUUGGCACAUGAUCCACAUGUUCUUCAUCAAGGACUCACCCAAUUGAGCUUUGUACUUGGCACUCUUAGACCCAUCUACACAUCCCGUUCCAUGGGUGGUUUGUGCUCUGUUUUGCUCCAGGAACUAGUCCGAGCACCAUCUCUAGAAAAUGCUUUUAGCACUCCAUCUGCUACUCCACUGCUACAUGCCAUGACUGCUGCGCAUGGAUAUGUCACUAUGUUUGUUCAUGUUUGCCGUACUGGACAGGCUGACGUGAGGGCUAUUUCAGUUAGAAGUUGGGGCUCAGAAUUGGGUUUGAAAGUUCUGAAGGCCCUUUCUGAGCUGUAUGUCUCCCUUGUUUGGGAAAGCACUUUACUUUUAGCACUUUGCAGUGAUGACAUUCUUCCACCUGGCUCUGAUUUUGGAAAAGAAGAUAUGGAGAAGUUGCGUCCAGCAAAUGAAUUGGAUGGCUCUAAUUCCGCUCUUGCUGACAUGGGAAGCAAUGGAAUGACUUCUGCUAUGGAAGCUUUGAGCACCACUGAGCAACAACCCGGCAGCAGUAUGGAAGUAGAAGGUGCAGCAGCUACAGCUGGCCCGAGUAGAGUAUCUCGCGGAACCACUUGUUGUGGUACAACCCCAACACAACUCAAAUACAUCAAACCUCUUCUUGGAGCAUCUUCUCGGCUUGGCAGAGCAUUAGCCGAGUUGUUUGGACUACUUGUGAAGCUAUGUGUGGGCUCACCAAUCCGCCCUCGCCGCACGCAGCCAGGACCUAAUGCACCUGCUCAGCCAACUCCAUGUGCAAGAGCUGUCGCCACUUCUCUUAAUGCGCUUCUUGCAAGAGGUCUCAACUACAGUCUUCUGCCAACAACACCUAUUCCAAAACUUCGACUGACCUUCCUUAUUUGCUCAGUCGGAUUCACUACACCUAUGUUAUUUGAUGAGAAAAAAUAUCCUUAUCACUUAAUGUUGCAAAACUUUGCUGCAUAUGGAGGACUUGAAAACUUCUUUGAGACUUUCCGGUGGACUUUGUCGGCUGGGUACACUAUUCCUCUGGAAGAAGGUUUGGAAAGUCCUGACCUCCCAGAGGGUACAGGAGAAUUUCUUGAUUCUUGGCUCCUCUUAUUGGAGAAAAUGGUCAACCCAAGAGCCAUUUUGGAUUCACCUCAUGCUAUCAACAAAGUAUCUACUUCUCAGAAACCAUUUGAUCCGUAUCAGUAUUUGAGCAACAUCCAUAAAAUGGCAUUUGACGCGGUCAUGUUGAUGUGGGGUAAAAAGCCACUGAAAACUUAUGGAGCUAGGAUGUCAGAAUCAAUGUUAGCCAUCCUACGUCACAUAUUGAGAGGUGAAAAACUUAUGCAAGAGAAACAGUUGAAAGAUGAAGAAGCCAAGAAAACUGAAGCUGGUGCUGAGGGUUCUUCAAGUUCUAGUAGCUUGGCUCGGAGGCCAGGUGAACCAGCAGGACCUCAAAUAAACCAAGACUUUUUACGCGCUUUGUUGGAUAUGGGAUUCACACGAGAGCUGGGUGAAGAAGCUCUGAUGCAAUGUACUACUCUUGAGCAAGCUACUGAUUAUCUUUUGAAUCAUCCUACACCUCACACACGUUCAACAUCGUCUUCAGCUGCAAUUGAUGCUGAAAUGUCUGAAGAUGAUCAAAUGUUAAGAGCUAUUGCCAUGUCACUUGGAGACACUGGACUUGAUGCUACUCCAACACCAGAGAGAGAUCAAGAGAUGGAGGUAGAGCCGCUUUCUACCAAAGACAUUGACAAUUUUACAAAUAUGGCUCUUCCUACUUGCCUUGAGUUGCUGGAUAUGCUGCCUGAUACUGUUUACAGAGUGUGUGAUCUCCUUGUAACUAUAACUAAGCGCAAUGGUGACCAGUUCCGCAAUGAGUUACUAGACAUGAUGACCAAUGAAAUUUCUGAUAAAGUUGCUAUUCUUUUGAAUUCCAUUAAUAGUAACAGACCACGUUCUGAGGUAGCAAAUUACUUAUAUGGAACUACUGCUGCUUUAAAAGCUGCUGUUAGAAUUCAUCUCUUCACAUUACUAUUUGAAGGACCUAUGAUGCAUGAAAUGCGUACCCCUUGUGCUCUGGCUGUUCAGCGCUCUGGUAUUUUAGUUCCACUUCUAACACUUCUCAAAGAAGGGUCAGCAGUUUUGGCUGAAGGUAAAAUUUCAACUCCAAAGUGGCUUGCUCCUCUGCUGUUGAUGUUAGAUCUUUUGGAGAAGGUUGCACUUGCCACUCAAAGGAAAGAAGCUAUGCAUAAAGUAUCGACGAGGCUCUGGAGGUGGUACGAUCCAACAAGUGGAAGGUGGACACCGUAUUCUGCUGCCAAUAACAAGAUUAUCAAUGAUGCAUAUUGGAGUGGAGAGCCUGUUGCCCGUAUUAGCUGUGGAAGACGCCGCUAUGUUGUCCAAUUCAGUUCCAUGAUGCAAGUUAAUGAAGGCAGUGGUAACCGGCGUCCUGUCAUAAUGUCAAUGCUAGACACAUAUCGUGAAGAAGUCCGUGGUCGGCGGGAGGAGCUGGGAUUGGAAAUGGAAAUUGAUGAUUUAAUUGAAUGUGACAUUCCUGCAGCUAACAAUGAACUGGAAUCCAAAAGAAAUACACCUAUACAAAACCUGUCGUUUGAUGACUGUGCAAGCAUAAUCAAAGCCUGUGUCCAGUUGCUAAGUAUUCCUGUGGAUAGAGAUGCUCUUCAUGCUGCUAUGCGAGUUUGCCUAAGGCUUACUCGAGAUUUCAAAUUGGCCACAAUAUUUGCUGAAUUAGGUGGUGUCAGGAUGCUUCUUGACCUCACCCAGAACUCAACUUUUAAUGGAUUCCUACAACUGUGUACCCUAAUUAUUCGGCAUGUUAUGGAGGAAGCAACUACCCUCUCGUUGGCAAUGGAGAAGGUUUUAAGAUCAAUGACCCAACCAAAUAUUCCAGCGACUUAUAAGGAACUCAUGUAUAUGUUCAGAAUGUGUUCCUCUGCUAUCUGUCGGCAUCCAGAGGUAUUCAAGUCAACGGCUGAGCGUCUUCUGAGGGUGGACAUCUCUCUUCAUAAGCCAAGAUAUGAUGUGGAAGAUACGAGAUUAUUGUUGAAAUGCCUGCCAUCCGGUCCUCAUACUCCUGUACCAAUGCAUGAGAAGGUAUCUCAAAGUGUUAUUUUUGAUCUUUUAAAUGCUCUGGCUAGGGAGCCAGUGAAAAAAGAAGAAACUAGCACUUCUCCUUCAACACCUGUCUCUAUGCUGCAAGAUGAACAGCAACAAACUGAUAACAUACCUCAGCAAAGUGUCUUGGCUGCAGAGGUUUCUGAUGUAAAUAUAUCAGCUUCCCAAUUCAAUGCUGGCACAGCAACUGCAGCUGUUCAACUGUUUGUUCCUAGAGAGAUUCCGCAAGACUUAUUGGCAGAAGGAGCUGCCACUGCUGCAAAUUCGAAUCAAAGUAGUAGUGUGCCAAGCAAUGGUGAUGAGACUAAGAAGAACAAAGAUGUACUCCUUAAUUUCCCUCUACAACAUGAGGAGGAGAAACGACUUCCGUUAUUGCCUAAGUCCAGUAUUCUUCGUUUGCUGGCUGAAGCUGUGAGGUCAUAUGCACCAGUUGCCAAGUUAAUCACUGAUUACCAUUACACUCAAGGGCAGAGUGAGCUUAUCACUGAAGACUGUUCUGCCCUUGCAUUCCUUCUGGAUAAUCUCUUGCCUGCACAUGAGAAUAAGGCAGACAGAGAAUGCCCCAAUAUGGUUCGGAUGCUUGUUGCUGCUCUUGCCUCAUGCACUCAUUCUUACACUGCCCAGACAACAUUGGUCAUGGAGGUGAAAACUGCUUUAUCUCGAACCUUGCAAAUGCCAGAGUCAUCUGAAAAAAGUAGUCAGAUUCAAGCUCUUGCUGUUCUAAUUUCUACUAUGAUUGAAAAUUGUCCACCUAGCACAGCCACACCCCACAAUACUACAGCUCAGAAUCCACUGGGACUGAGGUCUCAGCAAAUAAAUGGUGUCAAUAAUAUGGUACGCAUCAUGUUAAGAAGAGGUUUGGUUACUGAUUUGGCACGUGUUGUGCACAGCCUUGACCUGUCAAGUCCAAACACAGCAUCCACUGUCAAUGCUGCACUGAAACCAUUGGAAACUUUGUCAAGAAUCAUGGCUCAGCCCUCACCAGGUGCUUCUGCACUUCUUAAGCUUGCAAGAUCCAAGAUUCAGUCCCUGGAAGUGGAUCCUCUUGCAUUGCCUGGCACACCAACAUCUGGGGCCACCCAUGCUCAAGGCGAAGAUGUGGCUGAAGAUCCUGACAACACGGAUCAUGAUGUAUCAGGGGCCACAGAAAGUAUGGAGCCUAAUAGUGAAAGUAGACAACAAGAAGGAGAUGAACCAUGUCUCGAUGAUCUAAUGGAUGUUCUGGUUAGCCGGGAAAGGCAAGGCUCUACUUCAUCAGCUUUUGUAAACCAGACAGAAGCCAUGGAUGUUGAAGCCCGAGAUGAGGAGCUCCUGAGUUCUUGCCAUCGCAACACUUUGUUCACAGAACAAGAGGAUCACAUUGAUGAUGAAAGCUCGGACUCUGGUAGUAAUCAAUCAGCAGAGGGAGAAGACCAAGGAGACAAUGAAAAUGAAAGUAGUUCAAGUUCUAGCAGCUCCUCCAGCAGUAGUGGAGAUGAAGACGAAGAUGAUGAUGAAGAUGAUGAUGACGAUGACGAUGGGGAUAAUGCUGAUGAUGUUCAACAAAACGGAGAUGACGGUGGAUACGAAGCUGACAAUUUGGAACUGUUUUCGUCAGAUGAGGGAGUGUUACGUAUCCCUGGUUUGGAUCGAGACAACGAAGACAUACUAAUGAUUCAGUAUUCAGACCCAGAUCCAAGCGGUCCUCUAGUUCCAUGGAGUACAAAUACCUUUCCAUUACCAUUUGGACUAUUUGAAGAUGCCAACAAUGGCAAUGACAAUGCAUCUGGUGGCCUGAAUCCUAGUGCCCACAUCCAUCCUCUUCUUAACACUCGCCAUAGUAAUGAAUCUAACAACCUCUCCAACACAAGAGGACAAAGAACUAAUCGGCAGAGGCCCCGGCAUUACCAAUAUCUUCAACUUAACAUGCGCAAUCCCAAUCCACCUGUAAUUCUUCAGCGCUUGCUAGGCCCUAUUGCGGGUACUCUGCCUUUGGCUGCUGCAGCUGGACAGGCACUGGCAAAUUCUGUUCGUGAUUCUCGUGUGGUAUUAAUGGACCAUGGUCUAGGCAUCUUAACAAAUGCUGCUGAAGAGGAACAUAUUGAUUUGGUUGAUCAGUCAGGUUAUUUGUUGACUCCAGGAUUGGCAGUAACAAUGAGCAACACACCAACUGCGUUGAAUUGGUGGAAUGAAGAGUCAAAACUACUUGAUAGUGAAUGUUCUGCUGACCUAGUAUUUGUUAUAGCCCACAGUCUAGUUGGUAUAUUGAAGAAGUAUAGAGAUGAAGAAUUGCACGAGCGUCAGUCUAAACUCAAGAAGCAAGUUGAAGAGCAGAAGAAAUCUGAAGAGCUGGCUCGCAAGAAACGAGUUGGCAAAGGCGAAUCUGAGCCAGGGAAAGAGCAAGGCAUGGAUGUCCAAAACAUGCCAGCUACUCUUACAGAGAAUCCUAAUCUAGACCAAGCCAUGCCAGAUUUGGACCUACUUAUCAGAGAACAGAAUGCUGAGCUACUUGUGAGGGAACAGAGGCAAAACGCCACUAAUUGUAUGCUGGAGUCGCUUUCUAACUACUUGACUCCAAGCAUCAGCGGCGCUGCUCUGCCUCAGCCAACGCCAGACGGCGCCCCCCUGGCGGCUGUUGUGCCACCCCCAGAAGAUGUCCCGGAGUGGGGUGCACCCCCAACUGUGCCGCCCCCACCUGGCGCCGAGCCGGUGGAGGCUGUCGAGUCGCCCGCGUCACCACCCUCCGACGUCGCGCAUCUGCCGCUGGCCGAGCCGACGCGAGAGGACAUUCCUGACACCCCCGCCUCCCCGGACGAGGCCACACUCUCCACCCUGACGGCGGGAAGCCCCAAGCCUAGCGGAGAAGACACCACCCUAGAAGCAGCCGAGCCGUUGGCCGAGCCUCAAGCACCCCUCGGUGAGGAGGUGGCCACCACGAGCGGCCAGACAGACGAAGAGGCCGUGGCGGCCGCGGCCGCAGCCCUGGCCCUCGCUGGCGCCGCCGUGGCCGCGGGCCCGAGCACGUCCGCCGAGCCGGUUACCGGCGCCGCGGCCUCGUCCGACCCCAGCGUCCCCGAGUUGCCCGAGGGCGUGGAUCCCUCCUUCUUGGCCGCGCUUCCAGAGGAAAUGCGCGAGGAAGUGAUUGCCGAGCAACUUCGGCUGCAGCGCAUCCGUCAACAGACGCUGGAGACGCAGGCACAGGCUGGCCAGGGCAUCACGCAAGUGAACCCGGAGUUCUUGGCGGCCCUGCCUCCAGCCAUCCAGGAGGAGGUGCUGUCGCAGCAGAGGCUGGAGCAACAGCGGCAGGCUGCUGCUACAGCCAACCCCGAGGACCCGGUCGACACGGCCGCGUUCUUCCAGAAUCUGCAGCCUGCUCUGCGGCAAGCUAUUUUGGCCGAUAUGGAAGAUUCCCAAAUUUCUGCCCUUCCUCCAGAGCUAGCAGCUGAGGCACAGAACUUGAGACGUGAAUGGGAAUCUCGGAACAGGCACAUGCAAGACAGAUUCUUCUCGCACCAGGGCCCCAGUACCUUGUCUCAAAUACUUCGUAGUCAUCAGGCUGCAUCAGGUAGUCGCCGGCCUGUUACCAGGUAUGCAAUCCAAACAGUUCCUCAGCAGAGUCGAUGGAUGACUGGGAGCUGGCCUGACAGAGAACAGGCUGCCCUUGCUUUGACUUCAGGAACUUCAACUAAUAUUAGGGCUAGGGGAAGGCCUCUUCUUGAUCAUGAGGCUCUGACUUGCCUACUUGUACUCCUCUUUUUAGAUGAGCCAAGAUUAAACACAGGCAGACUUCAUAGAGUGUUCAGAAACCUUUGCUAUCAUUAUCAAACUCGUGAUUGGAUUAUCAAGGCUUUGCUGUCUAUUUUGGAAAGAAGCAAUGAGUCAAGAGUAGCUGAAAUUCUUCCAGCUCUACCUUCAACAGAAACACCAGCAAAAUCAAAGAGAACAACUCGUGCAUCCCAAGCGAAACAAGCAGCUGAUGCAUCCAAGAGUGGAACUGGUAGUGCUAUUGGAAGUUUGGCAAGGAUACCUGGCGGAACAUCGUGGUUAAAUGUUAGUGUUGAUGCAGCUCUCGGAUGCCGUGCGAACAUUUUCCAUAUCCAGAGACCGCCCUCAGGAAAGAGAGGCUAUGAACGUAGCUCUAAUUCUGCUGCCAUAACUGUGCAUAGACAAGCUGCUCCAAUUGUUUGCAGGCACGCUUUGGACCUGUUGAUAUCAUUAGCAAAGAGUUUCCCUGGCUAUUUCCUCCCUGCAAGACCCAAAGAUCAAGAGACACCUCAAGAGAGGGUGGGAGUUGAAACCAGAAGUCGUGCCUUCUCUAGUCAAGGAGGAGCAUCUAGCUCCUCUGCUGGGGAAGGAACCAGCAGUGGUCCUUCAACUUCAGGUGCCGGCCCAUUUACAACAGCUUCUACAGCCAUUCAAAAUGAGUUUUGGGAGCUUCUGUUGAGACUAGAUAGUGCAAGUUCAUCAAGGAAAGGAAAGAAUUUGUCAAGAUCCAACAGCAGUGCAGGUGUCGAACGCAACAAUGAAUCAGAUUCUGCUCAUCCCACAACUUUUGAGGCAUCGGCUUUUGGCCAGUUGCUACCAAUGCUGGACUGUGAAGUUGUGAAACGCUCCACAGUUCUUACCGACAAACUCCUAAGGCUUUUAUCCCUUGUAUCACUUGGCCUGGCAGAUCCGAACCCUAAUGCCGCACCAAUGGUUGAAAAUCAAGUUCGACUUGCUGUGCAAGUUCUCACAUCUAAAUCAUGCUCUGAAGAAGGUUUGGAAGAUACUACAGCACUUUUGCUGAACCUUGCCAGCUAUAAUGAUGCUAUGCGAGAAAUGAUAUUGAGACUACUUUUAGAAGGAGCUAUGAAACUUGCCUAUACUGUGCAAGAACACAUUGCUUCCUUGAUAGGAGAACUUUCAACCCUAAACCAAAAGAGAGUGCGAGAAGACAGCACAAGUACAGAUGAUAACUCAUUGGCACGCCAGGAGAGAGGACUUCUUCAUGAUAGAUUUACAAAUGACACAGUUGUUGUGACAGCACCCUCCAAACUGAAAGGUGGCAUGGAUCUCCAGUUGCCAAGCAUGGCGCCUCUGACAUCCAAAACUUCGAGCCAGGCUUUCUUCCUCCGCAUGCUUAAAGUCAUUAUCCAGCUACGUGAGGCUGUAAGGUUGGCCAGCAAGAAAAAGACAACUCGCUUUGAUGUUGAGUCCCACCCAGCACCAACAGGAACUGCCCCUUCUGCACCACCUCCAACUCAGGGUUCAUCAACUGAUGCUCCUGGAUUAUCUGCUGAAUGGAUGGACACAUCAACCCCUGGCUCGGCUGCUGCACCUGCCGCUGAACCCUCUGCUGAGCCCGUUGCUGAAUCCACUGACUCAGCUGCUGAAUCCACUGUAGCUUCCAUCGCAAUGGUCGAGCAGCCAGAAACCACCCCUGCUCCUGUACCCCAGUCGGCCGAGUCUCAGGUACCAGCUGCCCCACAGCUGCAGGUCCAGCCCACAGCUGUUGCUGCAGCUUCAGCUGGAUCGUCAGAACCUCAGGUUCCCUCAGAGACCCCGCGCGUAGGUCGCGGCAGGGGUAACCGAGGAAGCAGGACUAGUAGACGUAUCCAGCAAGUACCUCCGUCACCUCUUGACCAGCAAGCUGCUUCAUCCGCUGGCGCUGCUCCAGCAGUUACAGCCGCCAUUGGUGCAUCGGUGCUAGAGGUAGCAGGUGAGGGGGAUGCUAUGGAUACAUCAUCACCUCCUGAUGCACCCCCUGCUGACUUUGAACAACCCUAUCCCCCAGUGUAUGGAAGCGAGUAUCACUUUAUCAAUCCUGCUGGUGAGCAACCUCCUCAGCAAGAUGAAGAUUUAGAUUCAGAGGACGAUGAUGACGACGAUGGCGAUGACGAUGAAGAGGCCGAAAGUGAUGAAAGACCAGCUCUUCCCAAUUUGAGUGAACAGUUGAGACUUGAUGGUCUUUGGGAAACUUUGAGCACAUGCUUGUUGCAACUGGCAGACACUCCCGAUCACCAUGCUGUAUUAAUGCUGCAGCCGGCUGUGGAAGCUUUCUUUUUGGUACACGCACCCCCACCCUCAGAUAGAGAGAGAGAGAGGUCUGCGAGCUCUAGCAGCCGAGCGAAUCCUGCUGUAGACUUGGUACCUGAGGUGCCUGCGGCACGACUUGGAUCUCAAGCACAGUCUCAGACACCAGGACAGGCGUCUGGAAAUAAUGCUGCAAGCAGCAGUGGUGAAGAGGCCUCUCCUGCUGCUCUGGCUCUGGAAACUGCACCUUCUGCUCCUGCACUUUCACCUGACCAACAGAAGUUCCUGAAGUUUGCUGAAACACAUCGCACAGUUUUGAAUCAAAUUCUUCGCCAAUCUACUGCACCUUUGGCCGAUGGUCCGUUUGCUGGUCUCGUUGACCAUGUGCGCAUAUUAGACUUUGAUGUGAAAAGACGAUACUUCCGGACUGAGCUUGAGCGCCUAGAUGAAGGAUUGCGCAGGGAAGAACUGGCUGUGCAUGUGAGACGCUCUAAUGUCUUUGAGGAUUCAUUCCGUGAAUUACAGCGCAGACCUGUUGAAGAAUGGAAGAACCGAUUUUAUAUUGUGUUUGAGGGUGAGGAGGGUCAGGAUGCUGGUGGCCUUCUCAGAGAGUGGUAUGUCAUCAUAUCUCGUGAAAUUUUCAACCCUAUGUAUGCCUUGUUCACCACAUCUCCUGGUGACCGCGUGACAUACAUGAUCAAUUCUUCAUCUCAUUGCAAUCCAAAUCACCUCUUCUACUUCAAAUUUGUGGGGAGAGUUAUAGCCAAAGCAAUCUAUGAUAACAAACUACUGGAGUGCUACUUCACAAGAUCGUUUUAUAAACAUAUUUUAGGAAUUCUUGUAAAAUAUACAGAUAUGGAAAGUGAGGACUACAGUUUUUACCAAGGACUGGUUUUUCUCAUGGAAAACCAUGUUAGUGCUCUUGGUUAUGAUCUCACUUUCAGUGCUGAGGUUCAAGAGUUUGGAGUUACUGAAGUAAGAGACCUUAUACCAAAUGGGAGAAACAUUCCUGUUACUGAAGAGAAUAAGAUGGAUUAUAUUCGCCUUGUGUGCCAGAUGAAAAUGACUGGAGCAAUUCGGAAGCAACUGAAUGCUUUCUUAGAAGGUUUCUAUGACAUUAUUCCAAAACGUCUUAUAUCCAUCUUCAAUGAGCAAGAAUUAGAGUUGCUCAUAUCUGGCUUGCCUAAUGUUGAUAUUGAAGACUUAAAGGCAAACACUGAAUACCACAAAUAUCAACCAACCUCGCUCCAGAUUCAAUGGUUCUGGCGAGCUCUGAGGUCUUUAGAUCAGGCAGAUAGAGCAAAGUUUCUGCAGUUUGUUACUGGAACAUCUAAAGUGCCACUGCAAGGAUUUGGAGCUCUCGAAGGAAUGAAUGGUGUCCAGAAAUUCCAGAUUCACCGUGAUGAUCGCUCCACAGACCGACUGCCUUCUGCUCACACUUGCUUUAACCAGUUGGAUUUGCCAGUUUAUGAGACCUAUGACAAACUACGCACGAAUUUGCUCAAAGCAAUCCAUGAGUGCUCGGAAGGUUUUGGCUUUGCAUAAAAAGCUCAGUUCAAUUGUGAGUCAAAGGUGCAUAAAAUUCCUUCAAGUGAUAGUAGUGUAAUUUAUUCUCAGUCUAAUUCCUCUUCAGUGAUGAACGUGUGUAUAAGUAGUCUGAAUGUGGCAUGUAAGGUCUGCUAGUGAUUUGCUAUCUGUACAGAUGUUAUUUAUUUUCUAAUAUGAAGGCUGUAGGCCAGCUGUUAUUGAUGGCUAAUCAAUAAUAUUUUUAUGGUUUUUAAACUGUGGAAAUAUUCCAUUUUAUUAUCGUAAGCUUCAAGGAUUUUGUAAUUUUUGUUAUGUGUAAAUAGAGUUCUUAAUUAAAAAUUAGUCUAUUUUGGCAAUGAAAUGCUACUUAUUGUUAUCUGAGUGGUGAGCAGAGCUAACCCCAGUCAGUUGUAAGUGGUCAGUCUUUUAAUAAAUAAGUCAAACUCAUCUGUGGGGUAACAAAAUUUUGUAUUUUAAUCAAGUCUUCUGGUUGCAAUAGUGAUUGUCUACAAAUCAAACAAAUGGAUAAAAUAAAACGAGCUCUGUA